UGAGCUACUCCUCAUCACUCCCACCAAGUUUGAAACUUUUGAAUUGAAACACACACUCCGAACUCCCAGCGGAGACGGUGACUGAAAACCAUGAUUCCAUAAAACACACAGAGUCUCAGUGAGACCACUCUCUGUCUCUUUCUCUAAUUGUCUCCGCCUCUCUCUUUUCUGUUCCAAACAAACCCUAGACUCAGACCAUGGAAUCUAGAGAGAAAAAGGGGUCGGCUCCACCGAAGCCUUCCAAGUUCUCGGUGUACCAGAACGCAGCCCUCUCCGCUGCCCUCACCGCCAAAAGCUUACAGCCUCCCAAAUACACCCUCCUCUGCAUCUUCUGUCUCUCCUCCGCCUCCGCUUUCGCUCUUCUCACCGUUCUUUCUCGGGAAAAUGGGUUCAUUGAUGAUUUGAAGUUCAUAAGUCUUCCCCAAGAAACAGCAUAUUUGUUUGCCAAGGCAAUACAGACUAUGGUGGGCUUAGUCUUUUUCGGAACCAUCUUUGCCCUCUUUAAAGCCAUCUCUCUGCGUAGAGAAAGAAAUAUUGCUGCUGUGCCUGUUUUAUCUUCCAAUAAAGGAAAUAAGGAUCAAACAUCUCUUUCAAACCGUCAACUAGAACUUUUGGGAAUAAAACCAAAGGUUAAACAAGUUGCUUCUGAUUCUUCGAAGAAACCUCCCAAGUCUAGACCUCACUUGACACCUUCUUCAGAUGUCCUUGUUCCACUUCAUCAGCCAAUUACCAGCCCAAAUCGUUCAUCGAGAACCAGUGCAGAUAGAUCGAACUCCAGUGGGGGAAAUAGGAUCCGUGCUGUCAGCACCCCAUCCAAAUCACCAAGUUCUUCCUCUUCUUUAUAUCUUGUCCCUGGUUCUGUUUCACAAUUGCCUUCAGUUCAAAAUUCGCCUGGGGUGGAUUCAGUGGUCUCAUCUCCUUGGUCAAAUAAGCGAACCUCCUCUGGAAAAGAGAUAACAUCAGAAGAACAGCUUGAACAGUUUUUGGCAGAAGUAGAUGAGAAAAUAACAGAAUCAGCAGGGAAACUGGCUACUCCACCCCCAACCAUUAGUGGUUUUGGCAUAGCCAGUCCGAAUACAGUUGCCAGUUCAGCUAAUACCUCUGGAACUACUAGGAGUACUCCGUUAAGGUCUGUGAGGAUGUCUCCAGGUUCCCAGAAGUUUAGCACUCCCCCCAAGAAAGGAGAGGGUGACCUUCCUGCUCCUAUGUCCAUGGAAGAGUCCAUUGAAGCUUUUGAACAUUUGGGCAUCUAUCCUCAAAUUGAGCAAUGGCGUGACCACAUCAGACAAUGGUUUUCUUCGGUUUUGCUUAAUCCUCUACUUAAAAAGAUCGAAAUGAGUCAUAUUCAGGUAAUGCAAGCAGCUGCUAGACUAGGUAUUUCAAUUACAAUCAGUCAAGUCGGAAGUGAUUUACCAACUACUGGAACUCCAACUACUGUUUCUCCAAUUGAUAGGUCCAAGGAGUGGCAACCAGCAUUUACUCUAGACGAAGAUGGAAUUCUUCAUCAGUUACGUGCUACUCUUGUGCAGGCUAUUGAUUCUUCCACAUCCAAGUUGCCUCUAGCCAACCUGCAACAAUCCCCACAACAGAAUCCCUUGAUCCCUAUUAUGCAGGAGUGCGUUGAUGCUAUUACUGAACACCAGAGGCUUCAUGCUUUGGUGAAAGGAGAGUGGGUUAAAGGUUUGCUUCCUCAAAGCAGUGUUCGAGCAGAUUAUACUGUACAACGGAUCCGAGAGCUCGCUGAAGGAACGUGCUUGAAAAAUUAUGAGUAUCUUGGAAGUGGGGAGGUAUAUGACAAAAAGAACAAGAAGUGGACUCUUGAGCUUCCAACUGAUUCUCACUUGCUUUUGUAUUUAUUCUGUGCUUUCCUGGAGCACCCAAAGUGGAUGCUACAUGUGGAUCCUACAUCUUAUGUUGGAGCCCAAUCUAUCAAGAAUCCAUUGUUCUUGGGAGUUCUGCCUCCAAAAGAAAGGUUUCCUGACAAAUAUGUUGCAGUUGUAUCUGGUGUACCUUCUUUUUUUCAUCCAGGAGCUUCUAUACUGAUUAUUGGAAGGCAAAGCCCCCCAAUCUUUGCCUUAUACUGGGAUAAAAAGCUUCAAUUUUCACUUCAGGGAAGAACAGCACUUUGGGAUUCCAUCUUGCUUUUGUGCCACAGGAUUAAGGUUGGAUAUGGAGGGAUAGUUCGAGGUAUGCAUCUUGGUUCUUCAGCCCUGAGCAUCCUUCCAGUUCUGACUUUGGAGACUGAAGACUGAGUACUUUUUAGGGCUGCUGCAUCUUGCUCGUAAUAGGCUUAUUGCUGCUGACAUCAGCUGCAAAGGACUCGUGAAUAUGAGCUCAGACUGCACUUUUCCAUUGCUAACUUACUUGACUGAGUGAAGCCUAUCUGGGAUGAGACCGCUGUUUGACACACCCUAUUCAAGUCCAUUGAUGAUUGAUUCUGGGUUCCAGGGUUUCUGGCCAUUUUGUAUUCUUUAGAUGAGAGAGCUUUUGGCAAAAAUGUAGGGAUAAUUUAUAAUUUAUUGGCUUGUACUGUUCUGCAGAAA